UAGACGAUAAAAAUAGCAAGGAUGGGAGAGCCUCUCUAAUCUCUAUGCACAUGCACCUAUAUAAACAGUAAAACACCUUUCUCUCUCAUCCCCAAACCAUGGCCGCCGCUCUCUCACUCCUCAUCUUCUCUCUCAUCUCCGCCUCCCUCCCCGCCCCCUCUCUCUCCGCCACCGCCAUAACCGCCAUCACCAGAGACCAGAUCGCCUGCACAAUGUGCUCGUCCUGCGACAAUCCCUGCCAACCGAUCUUCUCUCCUCCGCCGCCGGAGCCGGUCCUCUCCCCUCCACCGCCGGUCCCCUCCCCUCCGCCACCUUCCCCGCCGCCGCCGUACGGUGUCAAUUGUCCCCCUCCGCCUUCGCCGCCCUGCGGCGGAGGCUGCGGAGGCGUCUACUACUAUCCGCCGCCGCAAACCUCUUACUAUUAUCCCCCACCUUCCGGCGGCGGCGCGUACUAUCCACCGCCAAACCCUAGCUCCACCGAUUACCUCACUCCGACGCCGCCGAAUCCAAUUAUGCCGUAUUUCCCCUUCUAUUACUACAAUCCGCCGCCGUCGAACCCCCACACCGGCGAUUACAAUUCCGCCCAAUCCACAUCUCACUCCAAAUUUCCGCCUCUUCUCAUCGCGAUUUCACUCUUUUUACUCCUUUAAUUUCACAAUAGCAACAGCGAAAUCAAGUAGUAUACAAUAAACAGCACCUCCUUAAUUCAAUUCUCGCGGAUUUACCAUUUCUUUUUCCUCCAUUUGCAAAUUGCGACGAUUUUCAGGUCAAUGCGGAUGAAGAUCGGAGCUGCGGCGGAGGGAAUUCAUCGUUGCAGAUUAAUUAUUCAGUGUAAUUUUCUAUAGCGAUUUCUCCUACUGGCUACUGUUGAUUAUUAUUGGUAGAAUAAGGCGUAUGUAAAUUGAAGUGUAACGCUAUAGCUAAAUUAUUUGCCAAAAAUACUAUAAUCACCAAUAAUUGUAAGACGUAGCUUUAAUUUUGCUAAAAAGUAAUGGUACCUUUUCAUCGUCAUCAGCAAUUCCAACUGUAAUUACAAUGACUAUUUUUCGUCGCGAUAAAGAUUUGUCAUUUGUAGCUU